AUGGAUCUGUCUGUGGACCAGGUCCCGCUAACGUGGAGCGGCCCGGCCCGGGGAAGGGGAGCGAGUGGGUGGGCUGUAUGUCGGCGGCUCUGGGCUCGGCCCUACACCGGGACAGCCACAAAUAAUCCAGACCAAAUGGAUAAAUUACAUAAAGAUGCGGAGGAGGUAUUGGACAUGAUGCAUGCGAAUGUUGGUAAAGUAAAGGAUCGAGGAGUCAAACUGGAAGUUCUAGAUGAAAGGGCGGAUGAGCUGUUGGCAGCUAGUAAAACUUUCCAGAAGUCUUCAAAAGCUGUGGCACGGCAAGAAAGGUUUAGAAAUAGGAAGUGGAAGCUGAUCGUGGGAGCAACAAUUGCUCUUGUUGUGCUGAUCAUUAUCAUCAUCAUCAUCGUUUUCACUGUACCAUCGUCAAAAUCAUCGCCCCCAGUCGCUCCUUCCGCUAGUCCGCUACAACAACUAUCAACACUGUGAUCGAAAAGAGAAAACAAAGACUGCUGGAAGUCUGAAAUAAAACCAGAAACGUCUGGAAAUUGUCAGCGGGUCAGGCUGCAUCUACAGCAGGGAAGUCAUGGUCGAUGCUUAUGUGUAGGAGGGAACUGCAGGUGCUGCUUUACACCAAAGAUAGACAAAAAGUGCUGGAGUAACUCAGCGGGACAGACAGCAUCUCUGGAAGACAUGGGUGGGUGAUGGUUCGGGUCGUGAGAGGGUCUCGACCCGAAACGUCACCCAUUCCUUCUCUCCAGAGAUGCUGCCUGUCCCGCUGAGUUACUCCAGCAUUUUGUGUCUGUGGUAAAUGCUUUAUCAGUCGUGUUUCGUUUCAAGCAACACUGGUGAACUUGAAUGCUUUUUUUUUCAGAAUUUCAAAUAGGAUUAUUUGUUUUUGAGGCUCCUCAAAUACAAGUUGUGUUCUAACUGUGAUACUUAAAACCUAAACAGCCUCGGAGCAGUGAUCGACAUUCUUAUUGUGUCGUCUAUUCUUUUGUUAUCUAUCUAUCACAAAUAUUGUUUUGUAUAAUGAAUAGAAUAUAAAUGUUUAUUCUAAUGGGGCAUGAAAAAAUCUUCAGCAUUGCUGCAUCCUGAUACUGGAACUGUGCGGAAAAAGGGCCCAUGAUGAGUGACGGUUCAACUUGUAAACUGGUGUGUGAUGAUUAAGGUCAACAAAUAAUCCAAAGAUCAGGAAUUACUGCCUCUAUAUAGGAAUGAGGAAAAACGUCUUCACCCAGAGAGUUGUGAAUCUGUGGAAUACUCUGCCACAGAAGGCAGUGGAGGCCGAUUCACUGGAUGUUUUCAAGAGAGAGUUAGAUUUAGCUCCUGGGGUUGUUCACUGCUUUUGGGGCAAGUCCUGGCCAGGGACGUCCAUGGGGUAGCCUAGAUGGUUCCACUGACUCCCACUGGCCUCUCCAUCUCGUCUUGACCCAGGCAGCCUUGGAAGCAUCAGCAUAAUAACCA